GCGUUGUAGGCUUCGCCAGUUUCCUCAACCAAACACUCAACUGAUAAUUGUGUGAUAAAACUGGAAGUCAGCCGGUGGACGAAGGGGUGCUUUCUCCAGAAAAGCACACGAACCCUGCGGCCCUCGUCGUCACUAACAAACUCAGUCGUCUUUGCACCGAAACAGGUCGUAUUGUUGGACAGGGCGGCGAAAAUUCCUGUUUUUAAACCCCGACCAAAGGCUGCUUCUUUUUUUUUUUUUUUUUAAUUUUUUGCUCUGGCUGUCGAAAGGCGGGGAAUACAAAGCGACGUGUGGUCAAACCCUGUGAUUUUUGGACUAAUUGAAGCAAAAACGGGAUUACUACAAAGCCAGUUCGUGCAGCAGUGACUGGUCAGCGGUAGUACAUGGAUUAUCUGUGUUUCCGGGCACUGUGCUGUAAAGGACCUCCACCGCCAAGACCAGAGUAUGAUGUGGUGUGCAUUGGCCUGACAGGUGCUGGAAAAACCAGCCUGCUCUCACGUCUCUGUAGUGAGGGUGGCGACGGCAUUGUACCUACAACAGGUUUCAGCAUCAAAGCAGUGCCAUUUCCAAAUGCCAUCUUGAAUGUAAAAGAACUUGGAGGAGCAGACAAUAUCAAAAAAUACUGGAGUCGUUACUACCAGGGGUCACAGGGUGUGGUCUUCGUAUUGGACAGUGCCUCGUCAGAUGAGGACCUCGAGGCUGCCCGCAACGAGCUCCACUCGGCCCUUCAGCACCCCCAGCUUUGCACACUGCCUUUCCUUAUCCUCGCCAACCACCAGGACAAGCCUGCUGCAAGAACGCAAAACCAGAUCAAGAAAUACUUCGAGCUGGAGCCGCUGGCCAGAGGGAAGCGCUGGAUCCUGGAGGGCAGCUCCACCGACAACAUGGAGACGGUGAAGGAAAUAUUUGGUCAGUUCAUUAGCCUAUUGGAGGACAAAGACACAGAGCCUGCAAGGAUAUGAUGCUAACGCUGCUAAUGCUAAGAGACAUUAGCGGCUGACGACAAAGAAGAGCACCAGGCGCUGCUGUUGCACAUGAACACACACAUGCACAGACACACACAUGUAAACACAAGAAUAUAGAGCAGAAAGCUGGCCUCCUUUGAGAAGUGUAUUGUAUGUUAGCCACCUUUUACUGGGCUCUCUUUUUUUUUUUCAAAUUGAGAUUGUGCACAAGCAGUCAGCCACUACAGCCUGAGUGCGGAGAGCUGCCAUUAAACACAACUGAUGUAAAGCAGUUUAUACAGGAAAAUCAGAACUCUGCCAGAAAUGGAAAUCUUGUUUACUACUGUCUGCGCCUUUGGGAUUAAACCAGUGGCAUGUGGGACAUAUGGCAUUCCUUCAGUCAUCAUUGGACACUAACACACACAUUCUCAGUCUUAUACACACACACACACACACACACACACACACACACACACACACACACACACACACACACACACACACACACACACACACACACAUCAGUCACACACAGAGUGAGCCCAGGUUGUCUGUAGAUAUGUUUAACAUCUCCAGUAAUGACUUUACAGGAUGUGUGGGUGGGCACUGUUGACAUUGUCACUGAGAAGAACUGUAUGGUCGUCUUGUGUGCUUCUCCUUUUGACCCGGUAACAACGAAUGUUGUUGUGUGAUUGGAGUGAAUAGUCCAAUGCCUUGUCUUAUGUACGGUAGUUACAUAUCUAAUCUGAAUAGUGUAGUCUGAGUAUCUCAUGGAGUAUUAUGUACAUGCUAACAAUAUAUUGCAGUGUACCCUCCUGUGCAGCCAUACACAAGCACUAGUAAUCAUGUGACUGAGUGCUAUACUGAGAAGUGAAGUGGAAACAAGAAUGCUUUUAUAAAUGUGCAACUUAGGGUAUAUUUUAUAGCUCUGUAUGUUAACCACGUAGAGCUAUGUACAGUGCAUUCAGAUUUCUAUGUCAUAACACACUUGUGAAUUGUUUUAAAUCAAAGACCAGAAAGAAAAGAAAAAAACGCAAUGAUUGACCAGGCUCCAUGCAGCCUCAAGAUAGAAAAAUGUGAUGAAGUAAGUUUUCUGUAUGUAAAGCAAAUGUCUUGUUUGUUUGUUUUCAUUUUCACAUUUCUUUUAUUGUUUUCUUUUUUCCUUUUGAAACUCACAUAAUCCGUCUCUGCCCGGGGAGCAGCUCCUGUCUCCCAUCAGGGUGGAAUACAAACUCUAUCAAUCAGUCGCAGCAACAGCUGCAUCUGACAAUUCCCUGUCCGACACCCUAAUGCCUUCCAACUGUCUGUGAAGACCCCUCCCUGUCUGCUGUUUAUCGUGGACCCCCGCCCCACUUCAUCCCCGCGCACUAUGCUCCUCCACUGCAGUUCCGCUCCCCGUCCCCAUUACCACUCUGCGGGGUUUUCAUCCCACGUGUCAUCUUUCUGCCCUCAUGUGGACUAGCACCUUUAAAAUUAGUCGUAUUGAACGUGCCACAAGAUGUGCUUCACUAAUGAAUCAAACCGCCUCCCUGUGUUUUUAUUUUUAUGCCUUUAUUUUUUUAGAGAUAGGACAGUGGAAAGAGUCAGAAACCGGGGGUAGAGAGUGGGGAACGACAUGCAGGAAAGGUGCCACAGGUUGGAUUCGAACCCGGACCUCCCACUCUUGAGGAUGUGAGCCUCCGACAUGGGGCGCGCACACUACCUGCUAGACUACCAGCGCCCCAUUUUGUUCAGUGUUUUGUCAGGUUUUUAAUCGCUUUUUGUCCUUCACUGAGAUUUGCCAGCUAGCUUUUAGACUCUGGAGGGAUCUGUGCCCCAUUCAGUCACCUGAAUGCAAAACAAAUCUGUGGACGAGGGAUUAUACAAAUGUUGAACUUUGCAUUUCACCUGCUCACACAUUCACUGCUGUCUGUUUUUUUUUUUUUUUUUUUUGUUGAUUUUGUAUCGUUAUUUGUUUUGUUU